CUAUCUCUCUCUCUCUCUGAGCUCGCCUCCUGCAUUAAUCCAGUGUAGCCCCCUCCUCUCUCUCCUCCCUGUUCACUCCCCUACCCUUGGCUGGCAGACCGAUUGACGCACCACUGUGUACCAGGCCCUGUUGUUAGAACCCACCCAGCCAUAGCCCUGACUGGGGUGGUCUAGCUCUCUCCGUUUCUCUCUAUUGCUCCGGGCGGAUACUCCCUGCAUGGAUACACUGAGGGAGGCUGUUAGCUGAUAUUAACGGAAGGAAAAAUAUCAAGGAGGGACCCACUGCGGUUGUUGAAUUCGAGGUGGUUUGGUGUCAGGUGUCUACCUGGCGACAAGCCCCUCCCCUCCCCUCCUGACUGAACUCAUCUAUAAUCACGUUGCCCCCCCACUGACAGGAAGCAUGGCGGGGGCUUCAGUGAAAGUGGCGGUCCGGGUCCGCCCCUUCAACUCUCGAGAGAUCGGGAAGGAGAGCAAGUGCAUCAUCCAGAUGACAGGGAACACCACAACGAUCCUAAACCCCAAACAGCCGAAGGAGAACAAGAGCUUCAACUUCGACUACUCCUACUGGUCACAUACCACGCCGGACGACAUCAACUAUCAUUCACAGAAGCAGGUGUACAAAGACAUUGGAGAGGAGAUGUUGCUGCAUGCCUUUGAGGGCUACAACGUGUGUAUCUUUGCAUAUGGCCAGACUGGAUCAGGGAAGAGCUACACCAUGAUGGGAAAGCAGGACCAGAAGGACCAGCAAGGCAUUAUCCCUCUGCUGUGUGAGGACCUCUUCACCAAGAUCAGUGACAGCAAUACCGACAACAGCUUGUCCUACUCCGUAGAGGUGAGCUACAUGGAGAUCUACUGUGAGCGUGUGCGUGACCUGCUGAACCCGAAGAACAAAGGGAACCUGCGUGUGAGAGAGCACCCCCUGAUGGGGCCCUACGUGGAGGACCUGUCCAAACUGGCCGUCACCUCCUACAACGACAUCCAGGACCUGAUGGAGUCUGGCAACAAGGCCAGGACGGUGGCAGCCACUAACAUGAACGAGACCAGCAGCCGCUCUCACGCUGUCUUCAACAUCAUCUUCACUCAGAAGAAACACGACAUGGAUUCAGAGAACACGUCUGAGAAGGUGAGCAAGAUCAGCCUGGUGGAUCUGGCUGGGAGUGAGAGAGCUGACUCUACAGGAGCCAAAGGAACCAGGCUGAAGGAAGGAGCAAAUAUCAACAAAUCUCUAACCACACUGGGAAAAGUCAUCUCUGCUUUAGCUGAAGUGGACUCAGCACCAAAUAAGAACAAGAAGAAGAAGAAGGUGGAGAGCCAUAUCCCAUACAGAGACUCAGUGCUGACCUGGCUACUGAGAGAGAACCUGGGAGGUAACUCUCGCACCGCCAUGGUGGCAGCCCUCAGCCCUGCUGAUAUCAACUAUGACGAGACCCUGAGCACCCUCAGGUAUGCAGACCGCGCUAAGCAGAUCCGCUGUAACGCUGUUAUCAACGAGGACCCCAACAACCGUCUGGUGCGUGAGUUGAAGGAGGAGGUGUGUCGCCUCAAGGACCUCCUCUAUGCUCAGGGCCUGGGAGAUAUCAUAGACACGUAUCGAUGUCCUGGUCCUGUGAUAGCUGGUUUGAAAACCUUUCAGCCUGGAGAUUAUGCUGCAAACUUGUGUGAUUACAACAACUUUGUCAAUAAUCGCCAGGCUGUCAAUCAAAUGGGUGAUCUAUCCACAGUGACCAAUGCCAUGACUGGGAUGAGCCCCUCCCCCUCACUCUCUGCUCUGUCCAGCCGCGCGGGCUCCAUGGCAAACCUGCACGACCGCAUCUUCAGCCCCGCCUCCGAGGAGGCCAUAGAGAGACUCAAGGAAACAGAGAAAAUCAUUGCAGAGCUCAAUGAGACAUGGGAGGAGAAGCUGCGCCGCACUGAAGAUAUCCGGAUGCAGAGGGAAGCCCUGCUGGCUGAGAUGGGUGUGGCCAUGAGAGAAGAUGGAGGCACCGUGGGCGUGUUCUCCCCCAAGAAGACCCCUCACCUGGUGAACCUUAACGAGGACCCAUUGAUGUCUGAGUGCUUACUCUACUACAUCAAAGAUGGGACCACCAAGGUGGGUCGUGAGGACGCCAGAAGUCGCCAGGACAUCGUGCUCAGCGGCCAUUUUAUCCAGGGCGAGCACUGCACCUUCAGCAGCACCACAGGCCCCGGGGGAGAAGAUGAUGAUGACACAGGGAACGUCAUCCUGGAGCCCUGCGAGGGGGCGGAGAUCUAUGUCAACGGGAAACUGGUGACCACGCCUACUCUGCUUCGCUCAGGGAACCGCAUUAUCAUGGGGAAGAGCCAUGUGUUCCGCUUCAAUGACCCGGAGCAGGCGCGGCAGGAGCGGGAGAGGACGCCCUGCGCUGAGACCCCCGUGGAGCCCGUGGACUGGGCCUUCGCCCAGAGAGAGCUGCUGGAGAAACAGGGCAUCGACAUGAAGCAGGAGAUGGAGUCAAGGCUUCAAGAGUUAGAAGAUCAGUACCGAAGAGAACGAGAGGAGGCCAGUAACCUUCUGGAACAACAGAGACUGGACUAUGAGAGUAAACUGGAGGCCCUGCAGAAACAGGUGGACAGAAACUCCCGUUGCCUGGACCCCCCAGAGGAAGAGGAGGAGCCUGAGGAGGAAGUUUUUCCCAUAGUUCCAUGGACCAAGUGUGAGACGGAGCUUGCACUGUGGGCAUUCCGUAAGUGGCGUUUCUACCAGUUUACCUCCCUCAGGGACCUGCUGUGGGGAAACGCCAUCUUCCUCAAGGAAGCCAACGCCAUCAGUGUGGAGCUCAAGAAGAAGGUCCAGUUCCAGUUUGUGCUGCUGACCGACACCCUGUACUCCCCACUGCCCCCGGACCUGCUGCCCCCCAGCUUGACCAAGGAGAGGGAGAGGCAGCCCUUCCCCCGCACCAUCGUAGCAGUGGAGGUCCAGGACCAGAAGAACGGGGCCACACACUACUGGACCCUGGAGAAACUCAGGCAGAGGCUGGACCUGAUGAGGGAGAUGUACGACCGUGCGGCGGAGGUGCCCAGCAGCACUGUGGAGGACUGUGACCAGGCCCUGACCGGGGGAGACCCCUUCUAUGACCGCUUCCCAUGGUUCCGUCUGGUGGGCAGGGCCUUUGUGUACCUGAGUAACCUGCUGUACCCCGUGCCCCUGGUGCACCGCGUGGCCAUCGUCAGUGAGAAGGGAGAGGUGAAGGGCUUCCUCAGGGUGGCAGUGCAGGCCAUCUCAGCUGAUGAAGAAGCCCCUGACUAUGGCUCUGGUGUCAGACAGUCAGGAACUGCCAAGAUCUCCUUUGAGGACCAACAGUUUGAGAAGGUAGAAUCAUUCCAGACAGAGUCGUGUUCCAGCAGCAUGUCCCACUCUAACACCUCCCAAGAGGAGCUCCGCUUUGUUGAGGGGGAGGGACAGACCUCUGACAUAGGAGCUGACCCUGACGAGGUCAACAACAACACCUGUGCUGACUUGUCCCCCAUCACAGCCACUCCGGAGGCCCCUCAGAGCCCAUUGAAGGGGGUUCUGGGUCUGGAACUACCCCUGGAGCUGAACCAGGAGAAGGCCCUGUCCCACCUCCGCAUCGGAUCCAUCUUCACCUUCAGGGUCACCGUGCUGCAAGCCUCCAGCAUCUCUGCUGAAUAUGCCGAUAUCUUCUGCCAGUUCAACUUCAUCCACCGACAUGACGAGGCGUUCUCCACUGAGCCACUGAAGAACACUGGCAGGGGACCACCUCUGGGAUUCUACCAUGUACAGAAUAUCACGGUAGAGGUCACCAAGUCGUUUGUGGAGUACAUCAAGACCCAGCCCAUCGUCUUCGAGGUGUUUGGUCACUACCAGAAACAGCCGUUCCCACCUCUCUGCAAAGACCUCAUCAGUUCACACUUUUUUUACAGUCCCCUUCGACCUUCUAGGAGGCAAUUCCCGAGGGUCAUGCCCUUGUCUAAACCAGUGCCGGCCACCAAGCUAAACACCUUGACCCGCUCCACGGCAGGCCCAUGUCACUCCAAAUAUGACCUCAUGGCCUUCUUUGAGAUCUGUGAGCUGGAGGCCAACGGAGACUAUAUCCCCUCAGUGGUGGACCACAGAGGUGGCAUGCCUUGCCAUGGAACCUUCCUCCUUCACCAGGGCAUCCAGAGGAGGAUCACAGUUACCAUAGCACACGAGACAGGAAAUGACGUAGAGUGGAAGGAGGUCAAGGAGCUGGUGGUGGGGCGUAUCCGGAACACUCCGGAGGCUGACGAGACCAUCAUUGACCCAAACAUCCUCUCCCUCAACAUCUUGUCGGCAGGCUACGUCUGGCCUUCGUAUGACGACAAUGUUUCCCUGGGAGUUGACCAUAGGACGUUUUACCGGUUUGAGGCAGCAUGGGACAGCUCCAUGCACAACUCCCUCCUUCUGAACCGCGUCACUCCCUAUGGAGAGAAGAUCUACAUCACCCUCUCAGCCUACCUAGAGAUGGAGAACUGCACCCAGCCGACGGUGAUCACCAAAGACUUCUGUAUGGUGUUCUACUCCCGUGAUGCCAAGCUCCCCGCCUCUCGCUCCAUUAGAAACCUUUUCAGCACCGGCUGCCUAAGGCCCUCAGAGAGUAACCGUGUCACUGGAGUGUAUGAAGUCAGUCUCUGCCAUGUCGCUGAUGCCGGAAGUCCAGGCAUGCAGCGGCGGCGCAGGCGCGUCUUGGACACCUCAGUGGCGUACGUCCGUGGAGAGGAGAACCUGGCUGGAUGGAGGCCCCGUAGCGACAGCCUCAUCCUGGACCACCAGUGGGAGCUGGAGAAACUCAGCCUGCUGCAGGAGGUAGAGAAGACCAGGCAUUACCUGCUGCUGCGGGAGAAACUAGAGGCCACCCUGGCCGCGGGGCAGGACGCGCUCUGCAAGAGUGGCGACAUCAGCGACUUUGCCAAGAGCCCCAUCCUCAGCUACAGCCCCGGGGGCAGUCCCGCCCUGGAAAGCCCCAGCCAGAGGCAAAGGGAGCUGGCUGCCAAGUGUCUGCGGUUGCUCAUGCACACCUUCAACAGGGAGUACAGCCAGGUGAGCAGCAGUGCCAGUGAGAGCAAGCUGUCUGAGAUGUCAGCGUCGCUGAUGUCACCGUCCUCUUCUGGUCUGAGCACGCUAACGCCAUCCUCUACUUGCCCCUCAUUGGUGGAGGGACAUUAUGACAUCAGACACAUUGAGCCCAGCUCUGGAGCUUCAACCCCAGACCUGGACCCCUUUAGCCCUGUAGAUAGGAAGAGGAUCCCGGGUAGAGGCUGCACUUUCGUCCCUGACAUCCAGGAGAUCCGCGUCAGCCCCAUCGUGUCUAAGAAAGGCUACCUGCACUUCCUGGAGCCCCACACCAGUGGCUGGGUGAAGCGCUAUGUGGUGGUACGCCGGCCCUACGUCUACCUGUACCGCAACGACAGGGACAAUGUGGAGCGCGCUGUCAUCAACCUCUCCUCUGCCCAGGUGGAGUACAGCGAGGACAAGCAGACUCUGCUCCGGACUCCAAACACAUUUGCAGUGUGCACCGAGCAUCGCGGAAUACUUCUCCAAGCCAGUAAUGACAAGGAGAUGCACGACUGGCUGUAUGCUUUUAACCCCCUGCUCGCCGGAACUAUCAGGUCUAAGCUCUCCAGAAGAAAGUCAGGCCCAAGGAUGUGAGAGAGAGGAACACGUGUGGGGGGGGGGGAGAGAAAACAAAAAAACAACACAAUCUCAAAGCUCCACUGACCCUCUCCUGUAUAUAGCUCAUCUAAACAGCGCUCCGUGUCCUAACAGUGCUCAUCCUGUUGCUGAUACUUCCCCAAACUGCACUUAAAACCAUCCCAGCUGAUGCCCUAUUUGAAGCCUCUUCCUGGUUACCUGGAACAUGCACAGUUUAAACUACCCAUUAAACACCCUUAAUACCCAUGUAAGACUUAACUAACAACCCGACCCUGUGAAGUGGGGCUUACCCCUGCUGGCUGUAUUGUGCCUGGUUGUGACACGCCCCAUUGUCAUGUGCACGUAAACUUUACCGUUAUCUAACAUGCUAACAGUCCCCAUAGGGUUUAUCCAAACAAAGAGAAAUGUUAUAGUGUAUAAGUCUUAGUCCAAGUUGUUAUCAGUUCCAAUGGCCUGCUACUUACUACCGCCCCACUCUAACUGUACAUUAUACCCCAGAUCAAAACCACUCAUGUAUUUCUUAUAAACACUGUAGACUGAUAAGAAAAAUAUGAAUGGUGACAUGGUAUAUUCCCUUUUCUAGUCCUCUCAUAAGAGAUAUCUGUUUCUGUGUGUGUGUUCUCAUGUUAAAACAGCAUAUCCACAUUUACCUCAUGUUGAAAUGGCUGCCAGUCGCAUACUGUAACUCGUUGUCGUUGCAUCUGUUUUGUAUCCAAGGUUUAAGACAGUAUAGGAUGAACGUGAUAUAUCCAGGUUUUUGACAGUAUACAGUGGGAUGGAAGUGGGGUGCUGUAAUAGUUGGAUAAUGUAAUGGACAGAUUAGGAUCAUGGGGAUAUGAUAGGGCAAUAGGAUGACUCUUUGCCUUCCAUGCUUGGAGAAUGGUGAGUUCACUGUGUUGACAUUUCAUAGUAACAUGUUUGUAGAGCAUUAGGCAAUAUAAUACACCAGCUGCCUGACUCACACUGGAGAGCAAUGUGUCCUUGACCGUUUACAUAUUCUUUGUGUAUAUACAUUAUUUAUUUGUUAUUUUAGUUUUAAUUUAUUUAUCACUGACCAGUUUAAUUUAUUUGUGUGGGAUCACUGACCAGUUUAAUUUAUUUGUGUGGGACCACUGACCAGUUUAAUUUAUUUGUGUGGGAUCACUGACCAGUUUAAUUUAUUUGUGUGGGAUCACUGACCAGUUUUGUCGCAUGGCACUUUAUUGUUGCAUUAUAUCGACUUUAUUCUCUUGAGUUGAUGUCUGUCCCAUUCACUCAGUUGUUUUUAACCAAAGCAGUCCAAUCUAUUUAAAAUACUGAAGAUAUCCUCCGUCAUGUAGACUUGAAAAAAUGGCUCCUAGGUUUUAGUGAGAUAUUAAUGUAAUCCUUUGCGAAACCUACAAUUCUGCUAUUGGCCCUGAAUGUCUGUUUAUAAGUGAAAUAUUCCACGUGGAUACACUAACAAUGGCUCCUCUCCAGCAAGAGGAUGUUUAUUGUGUUCUAUGGUGGUGGGUUACUUUACCUUCUAUGGUGGUGGGUUACUUUGCGUUCUAUGGUGGUGGGUUACUUUACCUUCUAUGGUGGUGGGUUACUUUACCUUCUAUGGUGGUGGGUUACUUUACCUUCUAUGGUGGUGGGUUACUUUGCCUUCUAUGGUGGUGGGUUACUUUGCGUUCUAUGGUGGUGGGUUACUUUGUGUUCUAUGGUGGUGGGUUACUUUGCCUUCUAUGGUGGUGGGUUACUUUACCUUCUAUGGUGGUGGGUUACUUUGCCUUCUAUGGUGGUGGGUUACUUUACCUUCUAUGGUGGUGGGUUACUUUGUGUUCUAUGGUGGUGGGUUACUUUACCUUCUAUGGUGGUGGGUUACUUUACCUUCUAUGGUGGUGGGUUACUUUGUGUUCUAUGGUGGUGGGUUACUUUGUGUUCUAUGGUGGUGGGUUACUUUGUGUUCUAUGGUGGUGGGUUACUUUGUGUUCUAUGGUGGUGGGUUACUUUGUGUUCUAUGGUGGUGGGUUACUUUACCUUCUAUGGUGGUGGGUUACUUUACCUUCUAUGGUGGUGGGUUACUUUGCGUUCUAUGGUGGUGGGUUACUUUACCUUCUAUGGUGGUGGGUUACUUUGCCUUCUAUGGUGGUGGGUUACUUUGUGUUCUAUGGUGGUGGGUUACUUUGUGUUCUAUGGUGGUGGGUUACUUUGCCUUCUAUGGUGGUGGGUUACUUUGCGUUCUAUGGUGGUGGGUUAGAGUACAUUGAAUAAUACAAAAAAAAAAACUGUGAUUAUACUCUAUUGAUAGGUUAGUGGGAUAUUUUUAACCUUUUUUCCGCCAGUCGAGUUGUCUGAAAGUGCAUCGCUAUGCACCAGGUAGUGCCUCCCUUUCUCCACUUCGCUCUCUCUUUUUCCUGUUUUUCAUCAAGUCCACACUUUAAUAUCAUUGACGUCCACCACAUUAGCUCGAUGUUACAUGUAUCGCAGCAAGCUUUUAUUUACUCUGAUGCUAUGAACCUAAUAUUGAUGCCGUGUGUCCAUGUGAUUCUAUCCAUUUCGACUAAUAUGUGUACAGUCUAUAGACUACACUAGCUUCUUGUGUAAAGUAGCAGCUAACAUCCUCCGUUAUGCUUUUUUGUAUAGCUGUUUUACAGCCUGGUGUCUGUGUCAGAAACCUAUACAGUAGGAACCUGUAGAUGUUAUGAAGUCGCACAUCCUGGGGACUUGUGGUUUAUUGUUGCUGUGACCAUUCUUUCACACCCAGAUGACCACAAACUGCUAUCUGAAACGAGAAUAGUCCAAAGUGAAUCAAGGUGGCACUGCCGACUGAAGCAAAGUGGCUCUUCAGUGCUACGUUGGUCUAGCAGCCGUAGGAGAUCGACAAUUUCAAACUAAAGUUGCCUGUUGUCUCAUAGUCUGAGUGUUCUAUGCUUUUGUACGUCCUUUUGCUUUAUUGAAAACCAAGCGUUAGUGUUGUGUUUACAGCAACAUUAUGUGUGAGUGCAGCAGACCAGCCAUGGCCAGACAGCCAAUUGGAUCAUGUCCUACUGUUGUUCCUUGUUUGUAUGGCGAGGUUCGUGUUUUGGUCAAACACAAUUCUCCCAUCUAACACAAAGUGUUGGGUUUUUAUGCAUGCCUUAGGCCUGCCAACCUACAGAGCAUGCUCAGAUAGCCACAGCAAGGGAGCAACAUGCAAGACAUGGCAUAAUCACACAUGAUGUUCCCCAACUGAUGUUAAUAAGUGCUUAUAUCCUCAAUUAUGAACAUAUCUUCCUAUAUCCUUCCUAUUAGGAAUAGAUUACGUAUAUACUGAAGUGCAAUAAUUGAGAGUUGAUUGGUUGCAGUGGAAAAUCACACGGUUCUUUGUUUUCUGUUUCUAGAAUGCUGAAACUUAAAUACAUCCUAUCACAAGAUAAAUACUAUGAUCUAAUUAAAAUACAACCUAUCUCUGGGUUUCAUAUUGUGGAUCCGUUUUUUUUACAUUUUUGUCAUAUAGCAGACACUCGUUUCCUGAGCGACUUACAUGAGCAAUUAAGGUUAAGUGCCUUGCUCCAGGUCACAUCUAUAGAUGUUUUUUUUCUCACCUUGUUGGCUCGGGGAUUCAAACCAGCAAUCUUUUGGUUAUUGGCCCGACGCUCUUAACCACUAGGCUACCUGCCGACCCAGUCGUGGUCAUCUUGGUGUGUGUUGUAUGCAAUUUUUUACUUUGGUGUACACUGGUAUGCCACUAUUUUGCCCGCUCGACCAAUGGAAGAAAAGAAAGCUUUAUUUAUGAAUUCUUGUUUCUAUUUGGAGGUGGAUUACAUGAGUAAGGAAUAUUAGGGCUAUUGAAUUGUCAUCCAAGUAUAAUUUAUUGUACUUAUCACAUCAUCAUUUAUCAUAUUAAGAAUGAACAGAAUGCAUAAGAUUGGUUGGGGGUUACAAUAUUAUCCCUCAAAAGAAGGAGAUGUUGUUUUGUUUGAAACUGUACUAUUGCCGCUUUAGCGUUUAUCGUCUACUAACUCUUAACUCUACUUCUUAAAACUAGGAUACUUCUUAAAACUAGGAUACAUCUCAAAACUAGGAUGCUUCUUAAAACUAGUAUACUUCUUAAAACCAGGGUACUUCAUAAAACUAAGAUGCUCCUUAAAACUAGGAUGCUUCUUAAAACUAGGACAUUUCUUAAAACUAGGGUACUUCUUACAGCUAGGAUAUCUGAAGUUCCGUCCUCAAAGAAGAAGUUAAAACGACGCAUUUGAAGUUCCGUGAGCCGGCUAUAUAUACAAAUACAGAUGGAUUCUGUUACUGCUUUGACAGCUUUUUUAUGUAGCAUUACAUUUCCUGGAUCCAAGCAUGUGGAUCUGCCUCUUCUUCACCCUGCUCUCUCUUACCCUCACUGCUUGCUAAUGACGCCCUAUCCCCCUCAGUGCAGCUCUGUAUAGGAACAGCCCUGUAUACUAAACGCCCGCCUAAAUGACUCUGCAUUGACCUUGACAUUUGAAUGGCUCUUGUCUUGUCAAUAAUGAACCUGAUUGGCAGUGGUGGGUCCGAUCGCACAGAUGUAACCCCCGUUCCAUAAUAACUGGCCUGUGAUGUCAACUCAGUGCUCACGUUAUCUUUUGAGUGUUGGAGUUCUAGUGUCUUCUAAUGUUUGUGGACACGUAAACAAUUUGUCAGAAUAAAGUGAAAUAAAUGUGGAACUUAUGCAACAUUU